AUGUCGUUGCCCAUGGAGGUGGCACGUCUCGUGCUGCGUCAGGCUGAGGAAGGCGCCGAGGAGGAACCUUCACCGGGCCACUGCAUCAGUUCCAACGCAUAUGAUGGGCGCAUGGGCAUCCGGAUAUCGUCCAUCUUUGUCAUUCUGGUCGGCUCUAUGUUCGGUGCCGUUUUCCCCGUAUUUGCUAAGCGAAACCGCCAGCUAGGUAUACCCGAGUCGCUCUUCUUUGUUGCAAAGUACUUCGGUUCUGGUGUCAUCAUUGCUACCGCCUUCAUACACCUCUUAGCACCAGCAAAUGAGGCACUCGGGAACCCAUGCCUUACUGGUGUCAUCACCGUGUAUCCAUGGCCAGAGGGCAUUGCGCUCAUGACCAUCUUCCUCAUGUUCUUCCUGGAGCUGAUGACUAUGCGUUUCGGUAACUUUGGAGGAGAGCACUCGCAUGAUGGCCAUACGCAUGGAUCCGCUCCCCACGAUUCGGUCAGCCUGGAGGACCGCAGUAAGACUGUGGGGAGCGAGGGCGACCAAAGUCAUGGCCAUCAGAUUGGUGAAGACCAUCUUGGCCACACGCGAGACCACACGGAUAACUCUGAGCUUGGCUCCGACUUCGAAGCCCGCGGCAUCAUCCCUGAGACGUACGCGGCUCAGAUCACUGCCAUCUUCAUUCUUGAGUUCGGCGUCAUCUUCCAUUCCAUCUUCAUCGGCCUGACGCUUGCGGUUUCUGGCGACGAGUUCAUCACCCUGUACAUUGUCCUGGUCUUCCACCAAAUGUUCGAAGGCCUUGGUUUGGGUUCUCGACUGGCCAUGGUCCCCUGGCCCAAGAGCAAGAGGUGGACGCCAUACAUCAUGGGUAUUGCCUAUGGCCUGUCCACUCCUAUUGCCAUUGCUGUUGGUCUAGGUGUCCGCACGUCUUAUCCGCCCGAGUCGACCACGACCCUUUUGACCAACGGAGUCUUUGACUCCAUCAGUGCUGGUAUCCUGAUCUACACCGGGCUCGUUGAGCUCAUGGCGCACGAGUUCAUGUUCUCGCCGUACAUGCAGAAGGGGCCGAUCUCGAGGAUGCUCUGGGCUUUUACACUCAUGGUGCUUGGUGCUGGGCUGAUGGCUCUGCUUGGAUACUGGGCAUAA